AUGCCGACCGUCAAAGAUAUGAAGAUGCCUAUUGAGUGCGAAACUGGAAAGGAGGAGUACAAGGGACUCAGAUUCGAGUUCAAGGACUGGGAUUGCAGUUCUUGGACGAGCUUGACGCGUCUCAACGACUUAGCGGAGGUGAAUGGCCAGAGCUUGGUCAGCUUUCCGGGUCGAUUUAUUGUUGAGUACUUUUACAAAAGUAAAGCACCAGAGGUGAAACGAUUCAUGCAAAUGCGGCUCGAUCGUCGCCGCACGGACUAUCUCAAGCAAGCGUGGGAGAUGGCAGACUUUGCUAGUACUUUUGAACAGAAGGCAAGAGCAUACGUGGUGAGUGGAGGCAGAAAAUCCACUUACGGCCGGAUUAGUGCGCGUGAUGCUACUGUUGCGGCGGCUGUUUUGACGCCUGGUGAUGGAUGA